UGGGCGCCGACGCACGGCUCGGCAGUGCGAGUCCACCCUGGUCCGACACUCGACGUCGGCUCGUCAGCGAUACAACACAGCCGCUAACAUUAAACGAUCAUUAUAUUAAUCGAACACGAGCACGACAUAAAACGCCAAAAUGUUUAAAAAUCAUUUAGAAAUGAUUGGCAGAAAUGAGACGCCAUCGAAGAAAGCCAGAUUUUGGCAAUCAUUCGUACGCUCUCUAAAAGGAUCGGAAGACAUCAGAGCCGAGGAAAGGUACAGGCCAACACGUCGCAGCGUUUUCCCAGAGCUAUUAUCUACCUACCCCUACAGCAAAUCUAUCUAUGACGACCCCAUCGGCGCCGCUGAGAGGAUCACCGUACCCGGAUACCGCUACCUCCCGGUGCACCGUGAAGUCUACGGAUACUCGCCACGCCCUAUCUACGCUCACAACUACCCUCGUUCAAUCGAACAGUACAGGCCAAUUUACCAUGUGCCGAGGCGUAUCCGACGAGGCGUUGACCCAUUCGACGCUCAUAAGGCGUGGCAAGACCAUCUUGACAGACUGGCCGCCAUCGAUCGCUUAUACCCCUCUCGCUACGGGCUCUACUUGAAGGACAGGGCGUACCCCAUCACAGACUUCUCCGCUUCUGUCGUCGACCCUCUCCAGCCCAAGAGCCUUAAAGGCAUCGAAUAUGAACCUGACAGCAAACCUCACUGGGGAACAGGAGCUUGGCCGGAGAGGGUUUCGGACAUAUUCAAAAAGGAUCCAUUUUUUGCUGAUGCUGAAAAAUGGGCCGAUUUUGAUCGCUCGCUACGAGGGAAAUCUCCCACACCUGUGAAGCCAAGGAUUAGUCCGCCGCGAGACUGUGAAAUCGCAUUCGAUGCCGACGGUGCGCCGUUAUACAACGCUGGCGGUCUGCGACGCAGGCCUUGGGCCGACAUUUUCAACCCGAGCCCAUCCUUGCCUAUCUCGGCGAUCACACGGGAUCCCUUCUGGUACGACUGGCCGGAGCUGAAACCCAUUGCCCGAUGGGAUCGCAGCCCGUCCUACAUCCGUGACUCGUACCUCUCGCCUGUCAAACGCACCUUCCUCUGGGACAAGCACCCGAUCAGGCCUUUAGAUCUAAUGGUCCACGACAUGUUUACAGUGGAUGAUUUGAGCAAGACUUUACCAUUCAUUCGUAGUCUGUAAUAUCAGCAUCAGCUGCUGCUUUCUAAAGAGCCAGUCAUCGACCGCUAUGUAUUAAAUUAUAAUUUACAAUGCCUAUUAUUAAAUUUACUUAAUAAUUGUUUUCUAAAUCAAUUACAACUAUGUUAUAUUAAUUGUUAAAUUUCAAUGACUUAAGUUAUCCGUUGUUAAAUUCUUCAAGAUCUCAAAGACUGCAAUAACAUAGUUACUGCCACGAAAAUGAACUUUGUUACAACAAA